UUAAUGGGGUUAGAUAAUACGGCCUUAUUCGAGCAACGGGCUACCGCGGCCGAACAACGGGUUACUGAACUCGAGCAAUCGAACGCAGCCUUGGUCCAGGCACGUGGCCAACAGGUGGCCGAAAUGGCACAACUCGCGCAGAAGUGCGCUGACGCAGAGACACGCGCUCUGGCUGCCGAAAAAAAGCUCCGCGAACUCAAGCAAUCGAACGCGGCCCUGGUCCAGGAGAUCCAGGCGGAUGACCACCAGUUGAAUCCCCGAGUCGCCGAACUCGAGAGACAGCUGGCCGAGAACCAGGCGGCUUUCACUUCGCUUAGUCAGCACCUCGCACAGGUCGAACAGAGGGCUCAAGUCAGGGAGCAAGAGUUGAGCGCCCAGGCUUCGGCA